UCGCCGUCGACAUCACGUUUCAAAAUGGCGAAUCGCACGGUCAAAGAUGCUCACUCGGUUCGGGGUACAAAUCCACAAUAUCUAAUAGAAAAAAUCAUCAGAUCGAGAGUAUAUGACUCGAGGUACUGGAAAGAAGAAUGCUUCGCUUUGACAGCGGAACUGUUGGUGGAUAAAGCGAUGGAGUUGAAAUACGUCGGAGGAGUUUUCGGCGGGAACGUUAGACCCACACCCUUCCUCUGUCUUCUGCUCAAGAUGCUUCAGAUUCAGCCAGAAAAAGACAUCGUCGUAGAGUUCAUUCGUCAGGAGGACUUCAAGUAUGUUCGUGCCUUGGGGGCUACGUAUAUGCGUCUGGUGGGCAGUUCGUUGGACUGUUACAAGUACUUGGAGCCCCUGUACAACGAUUACAGAAAACUACGCCGUCAGCAGAGGGACGGAUCGUACGUUAUAGUUCACAUGGACGAGUUCAUCGACGAGCUGCUGAGGGAAGAACGUGCCGUUGAUGUAAUUCUACCUCGAAUUCAGAAACGUGAGGUAUUGGAAGAGACCAACGAGCUGGACCCCCGAAUAAGUGCUCUUGAAGAUGACCUGGAUGAAGUCGAGUCAAUUGACGACGAUGAUGAAAAGCCGCCACCACCAGAACCCAAAAAAGAAUCGUCGUCACGGCAACAUUCAGACUCGAACAGACGCAAAGAAAAGUCUCGAGAGCACCACAGCUCCAAGGAUCACCGUGAUAGCAGGGAUUAUAGGGACAACAGGGACUACAGAGAUCACAGGGAUAAAGACCACCGAGAUAGGGGCAGGGACCACAGGGAAAAAGACUAUAGAGACAAUAGAGACAAGGACUACAGAGACAGGGAGAGGGACCACCGCGACAAAGAGAGGGAUCACAGAGACAAGGACUACCGGGACCACAGGGACCGCAAGCAUCGUGACGACCGGAGCCAUGCAGAGAAAAGGAAGAAGUAGGCCAUCGCAAGCAGCAAAAAAGGGGGAAAGAGAUGCUGCUAAGCGAGGAGAUAAAAGCCAGACAUCUUGUAUUUGUUCCAUUUCUGCUAAAUGGGCUUCAGAUUCAAGCACAGUAAUUCUGUACAGAAAUCAUCAUCCAUUCUGUUUGAAUAAAAUCACUUGUGUAUCUUUU